AUGACUUCAAUCCAGAUUCUCGACGGAGGACUCGGAACUUCCCUCCAAGACCAACAUGGUGUCACCUUCGACUCUUCCACCCCCCUCUGGGCAUCCCACCUCCUCGUCUCCAACCCCACCACUCUCCUCGCCUGCCAGCGCAACUUCAUAACAGCAGGCAGCGACGUCCUCCUAACAGCCACAUACCAAGUCUCCAUCGAAGGUUUCGCACGCACCAAGACUCCCGAAUUUCCGCACGGCAUCCCCCGCAGCGCUAUCGGAAAAUAUCUCCGAACCGCACUGGAGGUCGCCGAGCAAGCGCGGGGCACCUCCGCCGCCAAAAUCGCACUGAGCCUGGGACCGUACGGCGCGUGCAUGAUCCCCGGACAGGAAUACAGCGGGCGCUACGAUGCGGAGCAUGAUAGUGAGGAAGCCCUCUUCCAAUGGCACCUGGAGCGACUGCGGCUAUUCCUCGAGGCGGAUGGGAAACUGGCGGAGAGAGUGCAGUAUGUGGCAUUUGAGACGCUGCCGCGGUUGGACGAGGUUCGUGCGGUGAGGAAGGCGAUCCGCGCGGCGGGCUUGGAUGUUCCCUUCUGGGUGGCGUGUGUGUUCCCCGGCGAGGAGGCUACGUUGCCCGAUGGGAGCUCGAUCAGGCAGGUUGUGCAGGCUGCGCUUGCGGAGAUGGACGGUGCGGCGGUGCCGUGGGGAGUGGGCAUCAAUUGCACCAAGAUCUAUAAGCUGGAUGGACUGGUUCACGAGCUAGGCGAGGAGAUAGCGAGUGCUGUUGGCACGGGCCGGGCAGGGGCUGUGUCGAGUCUGGUGCUGUAUCCGGAUGGUACCAAUGGGGAGGUGUACAACACGACCACGCAGACGUGGGAGAAGCCGGAAGAGUAUACAAGAGAUGAAAGGGGUCCGUGGGAAUCCCAGCUCGCGCAGGUGGUCACGAAUGCUCGCGCAAGGGGUCCCUUUACUUCAUUCCUGGUCGGAGGCUGCUGCAAGGCCUCUCACAACGAUAUUCGAAAGCUGGCAGAGCAGCUCAAAGCCGAGUGA